AUGAAAAUGGUUAGUGUAAACGCGGAAAUACCUAUAAUAUGCACACAAUCAAGUCAAUCUAUAGGUGACAAUGCCAUUCGUGUUGGUGUUAGUUCUCUUGGUUGGUUAACAUUGUACUUUAUUAUGGGUUGGAUAUCAAGAACUCUCAUACCUGGAGUUCGGUCAUUGAAAGCAAAAGAACAAAUGUUUUGGCAAUUAGCUAUGGUUCGCUCAGUAUGUGGCAUGUGUACAUUAUGGGCUGCUUAUAUUAUUUAUGUUGAUGGUCGUCUUAAGUGUGACCAUGUACUAUCAUCAACGGAUGAAUCAUGGACAUUUUUAUCUAUUUUAACUGGUUUCUUCAUAUUCGAAGAAUCGACAUUAAUUUUCUUCGAUGUAAAAUAUGGUACAUUCUCCAAAGAAUUACAUUUACAUCAUUUUUUUGCAUUCAGUGGCUAUUUUCUUGCUGCAUGGUAUAAUCUUGGUCAUUAUUAUGCAAUAAAAGGUUUUAUACUUGAAGCAAGUACACCAUUUUCAUGUGUUUGUUGGUGUUUAUUAAAAUUAAAACUUGAACAUACAAAAGUAUGGAAAAUUAAUCAAUGGAUAUUAAUAUAUGUAUUUCAUUGGCGAACUGUUCACGAAUUUUGCUGGUGGUAUGAUAUUUACAAUGAUUGGUCAAAUAUUAAGGCAAAUCUUCCACUUAUAUAUACAGUAAUGAUGAUAACAGGUCUUGCUCUUGUUAGUUUGUGGUUAACACCUUAUUGGACAUACAAAAAAACGGUUCAGUUCUUUAAUCCAGUUGAUUGGAAUGUAGAACAUGCUGAUGGAAAAAAGAAAAAAGAUGGUAUUGACAAAACAUCAUAG